CAACUGAGAGACUGACUUCGAGAUCGAAAUAGGCUGUCCAAGAUAACUAGACGCUCAUUCGGCAAGUGGCUCUGUUCCGUUCAACAUCGGCUCCACUUCCAUUGCUAUUUUCAGACUAUUCUACUCCAACAAGGUGUCUUUGUUCCUGUCAAAGAACCCUCGACUAAAAUCGGAAGUCGAGUCCUUUUGUUCCCGAAAACAAUGACCCUGUGCAGUCUCUCUACGGCUGCAGACAUUACAAUAAAUUCACAGGAGCCUCUGACUCAAGACAGUCAUGUUCCAGUCCCCCCUAUCGAUUGAAAUUUUUCCACAUAUUCUCGCCCAUUCCAAACGGGGCACCAGAUACAAUCCAUUCAAACACUCACUCGCUCACUCACUCGCUCACUCACUCACUCACACGCAGCAGGACAGCCUAAUUAGCCAAGGCAACCAUGGCAGCAGCACAACAAGCCGCCGUCUCGAACCAGCAGCUCACUGACGCCGUGAUAAAAUCAGUUCUCGGCAAGCUCGGCGUCGGCGACGGUCCGGGCCAAGACAGCCUCGACUCGGAAAAGGGCGAGCUGAUCGCCCUUGACGUCAAGACAUACUGGAACACCGUCAUCAGCAAGUACCCCGGCCAGGCGAACAUCCUCUCAACAGCAAAACCUAAGCCGUCGCCGCGCGCUGCCCACGGCGGCAGAAUCAAAAAGGUCGGCUUCGCCAAGCCCAUGACGCGAGUCCACCUCGUCGCCAGCGACGAGCUGGACUACAGGUCGACCGCCGGCCGCGCCAUCUCGACCAGCCACGCGUACGUGCAGGUGCCGAAGCGCGCCGUACCCAAGCAGAACACGAGCGCGGGGUGCGACGCGUGCGGGCCGCAGCACGGCAAUGGCAUCGCCGUGUGCCCGUGCCUGCCGCACGCGGCGGUGCUGCCGGCCGACGGGUCACAGAUGCAGUUCAUCGCCAUCGUCUGCAACGUCGCCAACACCAUGCGCACGUGGCUGGCGCGGUACCCGCCGCAGCGGGCCAAGCAGGACGGCGACGGGCUGAGCGCGCGCGACCGCGAGGCCGCUGACGCCGCGUACUUGCAGCUGGUGCAGGUAGGCUUCGAGCUGGCCGGCAUGGACCGCGGGGCGCGCGGCUUCGUGGCCAGGCUGGCCGAGCUGCGCGCCAGGGCGCUGCGGCUGGGCACGCCGGCGGUGCACGCCAACGACUACGCGGCGGGCUUGGUGUCGCCCGGCGGGCCCGUGUGGCGCAUCGAGGAGGUGCGGCUGGAGCUGGCGCGGCACCAGGCGGCGCUGCGCAGCGCGAGCGCCGAGGUGGCGCUGGGGUUGCUGGCGAUGGCGGCCGACGUGAAGGCGGUGGCGGACGGGGCCAUGUUCGAGAUGCACCGCAUGCGGGAGUUCCUAGAGGGCCCGGGGCAGGCGGCGCGGUGGGCGCUGCGGGCCGUAAUUUGCCCGGCGGGCGUGCUGCAUCUGAUGGAGUUGCUCGGGUACGUGUGCACCGAUGGGAUCGACUUCGCGCUGAGCCUGGCACAGUCGUCGGAGCUGCUCCAGGAAGAGCAGAACCCUGGUUGUUUCCCUAUCCUAUCCCGGUCCAUGCUAGCCGUCGGGCCCGACAUGCUGCCCCAGGUCAAGCAGGAUACUCAGGAGCUGUUGGAUGUGGCAGAGCUCAUUUAUGACUACCUAGGGACUCUGCGCGAGACUGACAAUAUGGUGCGAGCAAAUUAUCAACGCUGGUAUGCAUCGUCUGGAACCAAAAAGGCGAUGCAAUUUGCGGAUAGCUACCUGUAAUACGUUAUUAAUUGAUAUGG